UAUCACUGGACAUGACAUCACUGAAUAAAAGUGACUAGUGACUAGUCCACUGGAGCUCUUAGUAAAGGUCAGUCUCAACAGAAAACAUCAGGCAUGUGGUUUAAUGCUGUCUGAGUACUGUAGUAAAUAAGCUGGGUUCAAAUGUGCUCGUGCAUCUGAACAUCAGUCAUGGACAUAUGAUGCAGCAUUAAUAGAGGAUUGCACGCUAAUCAAGGCAAUUGUUUUGCAGUAUUAUUGGUGUAAUUUUCCCGUGCAGUUAUCCAGUGUAGAUCGAUCUCAGUGACUGCUCCCCUCUUCAACCUGAACAUAAUGGUCUAGUCCUGCUGUGAGGGCACAACAAUGGCAUCCAUGGUUUCCAAUGGCAACCGAGGUGGCCAGUCACUGGUCCUGAAAGAUGUGGACCCUGAAACAUGCAUGAUCGUGUUCAAGAACCACUGGGCGCAGGUGGUGAAGAUUCUAGAGAAGCACGACCCCUUACGCAGUAAUGUGGGUGGCCUGGGAGGAGGUCACAGUCUUGGAGGAGGCGGGGGACUGGGCGGCCUCCGCUUCGGGCCGAUCCCUGGCGACGAGGCCAGCGCCGUGCAGAACUACGUAGAGCACAUGCUCUUCCUCCUGAUGGAGGAGGAGUGUGGUCAGAGUGGAGCCAUGGGGCCCAUCCUAGAGUUUGUGGUGAUGGAGAACGUGUUGGAGAGACUGUUUAUCUGGAGCCUGAGGAGAGAAUUCACUGAUGAUAUGAAGUUAGAGCAGCUGAAGAUGUACGAGAUGUUGAUCGGACAAGCCAGGCAGCCGUUACUACAUCAUAAACCUGUGCUCAGGCCCUUGAUGAUGCUUCUGUCGUCCUGCUCUGGCUCGCCGUCUGGUCUGAGCUCCUCCGCUGUGGAGGCAGAGCUAGUGCUGCUCCUGAAUCAACUGUGCUGUGUCCUGGCUAAAGACCCGUCUGUCCUGGAGCUGUUUUUCCAUACGAGCGAGGACCAAGGGGCAGCUAACUUCCUAAUCUUCUCACUGCUUAUUCCUUUCAUUCACAGAGAAGGGUUGGUCGGACAACAGGCCAGAGAUGCACUCCUGCUCAUUAUGGCUCUCUCUGCUGAAAACCAUGUUGUUGCCAAACACAUAGCAGAGAAUACCUACUUCUGUCCGGUUUUGGCCACAGGUCUGAGUGGACUCUACUCCUCCUUGCCAACUAAGCUGGAUGUCCCUAGUGAGGACUGGCACUGUCUGCACCGUGAAGACUGGCAGCAGCUGCCCGCUCUUGUGCAGUUUCUUAAUUCCCUGGAGUUCUGCAACGCAGUCAUACAGGUGGCCCAUACUUCUAUCAGAGACCAGCUGGUGGGGUACAUCCAUAAUGGCUUUCUGGUACCUGUUCUAGCACCAGCAUUACACAAGUUAACACUUGAAGAGGUGAUGACCACAACAGCAUACCUGGACUUGUUCAUACGAAGUGUGUCUGAACCCGCCCUGCUACACACCUUCCUCAGCUUCAUCCUCCUCCAUCGCCAUGACAACGUACACCUUUUGGACACGCUGGUUAGCCGCAUCAAUACUCCCUUUCAGCUCGGCACUGUAUCACUGGCUCUGUUCCGUACACUCAUUGGCUUGCACUGCGAGGAUGUCAUGCUCCAGAUGAUUUUCAAGUACCUGAUCCCUUGUAACCACAUGAUGUUGAGCCAGCGCAGAGUUCUGAGAGAGAGAGACUGUUACUCUGUUUCAGGCGCUAAGUUUCUGGCCCUUACACCCUCCUGCUGCUCUCCUGAGAUCAUCCCUCCUCCACUCAGACAGAUGGACUCCAUCCUGUGGUCCAAAAGCACUGAUGGCUCUCAUACAGGAAAUAUGGAUUCGGAGGCGGUCCUCUCAGAGGAGGACGACUGUGGUCACUCCUGUGUCAUUGGCUCUGAGAUCCACCUGGAUGUCAGUUACCUGCACUACCUGUACGAUGCUCGAAACAGCAUUAAUAACUGCACGCGAGCAUGCCGUGUGUGGUCGGCCCCUUACGAUGGUGAGAACCCCCCUCCAGAAGAGUACCAGCCCAGUACCCUGGAGGAGGCAGGUAGGACUCGGCCAACGAUUUCCAGCAGGAAUACGCAUCCCCAAACUCGGAUGCAUCGCUCUGGUCCACCCCACAAAGCUCUUGCUGCUGCUACUGGAUUGUUGGAGCUGGAGUGGGAUGAUAGUUAUGAUGCUUGUCCAACAAAAAUCCAAUCAGAGGAAAAUCUCGAGACUCAUCCCAUCCCGGAAGAGCCCCCAAAACACAUCCAAGAACUGCGGAGAACUGCUAUUAUGCUUGUGAAAGGCUCUUACAUCGAAGAGUCUGAGUUUCAGAAUGAUGUUAUGGUCUAUGACCUGGUAGCUCAGAAGGAUGUCAAUGACUCUGGUGGCCGCUAUCAUGCCCCAUCCAAACUUACUGAAAAAACAACGCCGGACGAGUCUGGUGAACCAAAAUCUUAUCAAAACACUCCAAAUUCAGACUCCUCAAUGAGCAAUGGCUUAAGCCUCCCUUUGAACCACACAGAGAGUAAUAAGAGAGGGGGGGUUCAUGAACUAUCAGACCAAAAGUCUGUGGCCCCAGAUGGAGAGGACCUCAUGGCCCAGUAUGAGGAUCUGAUAAGGACUCUGGGUGUACAGUCCAGUAGUUCAGUAAAAGCAGAGAGUGAACCCAAGAGUCCCACAGACCUCAUGGUGUACGAGGAAGAUGAGGUUGACUUUAACGCUUUCUCGCUAGAGACCCCAGAGGCAGAAAAGAUGCCAUCUCCUAUUGGGACCAAACCCCUCAGUGGGAAUAGGGGUCAUGCUGUGCCCUUUACAGGGCCAUUUGUAAGUGUGUUGCUGUCUCGUCUAGAAAACAUGCUGAAUAACUCUCUCCAUGUGAACCUACUUCUGACCGGCAUCCUGGCCCAGUUAUCUGCUUACCCUCAACCCCUGCUGCGUUCCUUCCUCCUAAACACCAACAUGGUGUUCCAGCCCAGUGUCCGCUCACUCUACCAGGUCCUGGCCUCAGUGAAGAACCAGAUAGAGGAUUUGUCUGUGACCCGUAAAGACAUCCCAGAGCUCCUAAUAGCAGCUCAGCACUGUUUGUUGGCCAGAGAGAGUUCAUGCAGAGGUCAAGACUCUGAAAGUCCAAAGACCGGAGAUCGCCACUAUGGUUCUGAAGCAGACAGAACCAAGAAGAACCCAGCUAUCCAACCCAAAACGGUGGUUCCCACGAAUAGGACUGAGAUCUAUGCCAUAGUUCUUUUCACAGAGUUCCUCAAAGAACUGGCCGCCAUUGCACAAGAACACUCCAUCAUUUCUCAUCUUACCAUAGAGGAAUAGUCUUUCCACUGUAUGUCCUUGCUUUGAUGUCGUCGUUCAUUUUUCCAAGAACCUCUCAAGAUGUUUUAAAUGAAUUGUAGUUUUUAUUGAAAGCACUGCCUUUACAUUGGUGUGGAAAUGUCUUUUACUGACUCUUGAUAUUGUAAAUGGGACCUUCUUAUCAGCUUAUACGUACAUUUUUCUCAAGUGGUGUGAACAGUUGUAGUGUCAUCAUUUGAUUAUGCAUUACCAAGCCCUAUUUUCCAGCAACAGAUGUGGCAGUUUUCACUCAGAAUCAAUAUCACCUGCCAGAAAUCAGUCACAAGAUGUGCCUUCAUUUCUCAAAAGUGGCUUGCAUGACACUAAAUGCUGAAACUCCAGGUAAAAACCAAAGAGGAAUGGCCACUCAGCCAUAGCGGAAGAGGUGGGAACCGUCACGGAAAGCACAAAUGAAAAAGGCUUUUAUUGUGAUGUUCAUAAUGAAACGUCCUUCGACUGUAACAAGAGGACAACUGUGUGUUCUGCUGACUGUUGAUGUCUUUUGCAGGAUUGCUCACACGAUGGCCUUAUUUGAAUUGUGCCUAUUAUUUUAGUCCUUAAUAUUACAUUUACAUUUAUGCAUUUGGCAGACGCUUUUAUCCAAAGCGACUUCCAGUGCUCCUUAUUACAGGGACAAUCACCCUGAAGCAACCUGGAGUUAAGUGCCUCGCUCAAGGACACAAUGGUGGUGGCUGUGGGGAUCAAACCAGCAACCUUCUGAUUACCAGAUUACCAGUUAUGUGCUUUAGACCACUACACCACCACCACUCCAUAAUACUUUCAAGAUUCACUUUUUUUGCAAACCUACAUGGUCAAAUUGGACAAGACUGACCAAAUGGAACGCUACAUUGCAUCUCAUGUUUCAUGUUAAGAAAUGAUUCUUGCAAAGUUGUUUUAUUUCCUUGUAGAGCAUCACUGAUGAUCAUUUUUACUGAGACUGGAUAUUUUAAGAAUUUCAGAUUUUCUAUGCAUCACACGUGUUGUUAAUUUGCAUGUUUGAAACGAGCAACAUAUCGAAUUGUUAGGAUGAUGUAUAUUUCUUCAGAGGGGUGUAUGAUAUUAAAACAGUUACAUUGAGAGAAAUUCAUGUUUUUUCACAACAAUAUUUCAUUUGAAAUAUUUCCUGUUUUUUGUUUUUAAUUAUUAUUAUUUCUGUUCUAUGUCUGUUUGAUUGCACAACAUUAGAGUUGUAGGUGAAGCACAGUUAGGAAGAGGUUUGAUAUUCACCUGUCAGGAGCAAUUGUUAUGCUGUCUUAUUAGGAUCUUUGUCUUAUUAAUGCUUAUGAAGAAAAGAUGAGAAUCCUUCAGAUCUAAUGCAUCUAAAUUUCACUGCCCGUCCACAAAAAAGUCGUCAUUUGGAUUUAAAUAAUGGUUAUGAUUCGGGGUUGUUUCAAUUGGUCUGGUCUUGGCUGAGAAUCCUGAGAAAUUGGUUUUGCGCCAAUAAAAUCAAUGUACAGAAGGAACAGGUUAUCCCAUCAAUGGAUUGCUUAUUCCCUGAGGGCACGGGCAUAUUCUAGGACGUCAAUGCCAAGAUUCAUCGAGCUCAAAUUGUGAAAGAGUGGAUCAGGGAGCAUGAAUUGGCCACCACAGAGUCCUGACCUUAACCCCAGUGAAAGUCUUUGGGAUGUGCUGGAGAAGACUUUACAGAGUGGUUUGACUGUAUACGCCAAUACCACAUUUAGCUUUGAUUACGGCAUCCAUUUGUCGUGGCAUUGUUUCAACAAAUUUAUGCAAUGCCUUUAUUUCCAUCCAGCGUUGCAUUAAUUUUUGGCUGAGAUCUUGAAUUGAUAAUGGGAGAGCCGAACCACUCCGUAAAGUCUUCUCCAGAACCACUCUUUCACAAUUUGAGCUUAAUGAAUCUUGGCAUUGACGUCCUAGAAUAUGCCCGUGCCAUCAGGGAAUAAGCAAUCCAUUGAUGGGAUAACCUGUUCCUUCUGUACAUUGAUUUUAUUGCUGCAUAACGUUUCUGAGCCAAGACCAGACCAAUUGAAACAUCCCCAAAUCAUAACCAUUAUUUAAAUCCAAACAGCGUUUUUUUCUUUGGCCAGACAGUGAAUAAGCUAACGCCUUAAACAUCUCUAAUACAAGAGAAAAAGAAGCCUUUAGUAUCAAAGUUGCCCUACAUUUUAAAGUAUCCAGAUUUCGUAUUUUGUAAAUUUUUCAUCUCAAAGUUUGUGUAAUGCACAAUAACUUCAGCUGCAUUUUGUAACAACUCGGUAAGAAAUCUGAUGGUUCCUUGAAUAGUUGGUUUAAGUACAAAUCGGAGGUACACCGGUAUAUCGGUGCCGAUAGUUGCUUUUUGGAACCAUCGUUAUCAGCAAAAAAUCUAUGACGAUAGUUGCCAAUAGUUUUAUUUGUCAUUUCACAAUAAGAGUCCUCGGUGUGUUUUGGCCUUAUACAUAAAAGUCCUGUGUUAUGCACCAAAUCUUCAUUCUUUCUGGUCAUUUUUGGGGAUUUUGGUUAAACAAUAAACUGCAUCUGGGAUUUUAUUUAUUUAGGACUCUUUGUCUGUGUCUGUCUUUGUAAGGAACGAAAAAGCCAUAUUUUAACAUUAUAUAAAUCAAUUGUAAAAACUAUUGGCUGAUUAAUUGGUUAUUGGCCUUUCCCACCACCUUAGUUACUGGUAUCGGCAAAAUCCACUAUCAGACGAUCUCUAGUUAUUACACAAACAUUGUAAGUUCACAGAAGUCAUUUUUUUUAUAUUGAUGGUUUAAAUACACAUCUUUAAGGUUGAUCUCAUAUAAUAAAACAUAUAUAAAUAUUACUUAAAUAACACUUUAUUUUACAGUACGUGUACCUUCAGUAUGCUUACAUUGUACUUACCCAAGGGAGUACUGAGUAAUAUUAGGGAACUACAUGCACUUCAUAUGGUUUAAGGUUGGGGUUAGUACCUAGUAAUUACUGUAAUUAUAUAGUAUGUAAAUGUAGAACACUGUAAAAUAAAGUGCAACCAAAAUAUGUUUUUCUGUUUAAUAAAAAACUGGUAUUGAUUUCCGAAGUGGAGGUCAUACCAAUUUGACCGUCAAAACAUUUCAUUUAGUGCACUGCAUUUUUAUAUCCUGUUUCACUUUGACAUCGGCAAGCUUUGUUGCUCCUCUGUACUAGUUUAUCUCAGUUGCUUAAACGCAUUUCUUGAAAUUAUGCCUCCUUUUCUCGAAACUCUACACAAAUCCAUUACUUCUCACCCAAUUCACCAAACUUCCCAUUUUCAGGUCAAAAUGAAAUGAAAUGACACACACACACACACACACACACACACACACACACACACACACACACACACACACACACACACACACACACACACACACACACACACACACACAACAACAACAACAUAGUACUUACACACUGGUGAGAUCAAUUCAAAACAAUAUGGUAAUAAGUUAUGUUGCUUGAUGAACACAAACGACACAACAAAUAUAUACAUUUGCAUAUUUUUUUUUCUUCAUGUACUUUACAGUAUAAUACAGCAAACAAAAAAAUUAUUAUGCACCAGCAUCCCUCAUAGUCAUAACAUGGACAAGGACAUGGUCAACUAGAGCGACACGAAUUUAAUCAGAGACUGCUUGUCCCCUUCCCCUUCCUCAUCCUCCUUGUCAUCGUCCUCCUCCUACUCUUCCUCUUCCUUCACCUCC